CUAAUCUCCUUCGCUCUCUUCUUCUUCUAGCUUAGAACCCCAACCCCCCAAAGCCUCACUCACUUCGCUGCAGAGGAAAAAAAAGAGAGAAAAAUCUCCGAUGGCUCUCCAGGCGGCCACCACCACCUCCUUCCUCCCCUCCGCGCUCUCCGCCCGCAAGGAGGGAGCGGUGAAGGACUCGGCGUUCUUGGGCGUUCGUCUCGGCGACGGGCUCAAGCUGGAGACCAGUGCUCUCGGCCUUCGCACCAAGAGGGUGAGCACGUCGUCGGUGGCCAUCCGCGCGCAGGCGUCGGCGGCGGUGUCGUCCCCGACGGUGACGCCGGCGUCGCCGUCGGGCAAGCAGACGCUGCGCAAGGGCACGGCGGUCAUCACCGGCGCGUCGUCCGGGCUUGGCCUCGCGACGGCGAAGGCGCUGGCGGAGACGGGCAGGUGGCACGUCGUCAUGGGGUGCCGCGACUUCCUCAAGGCGUCGCGCGCCGCCAAGGCCGCCGGCAUGGAGAAGGGCAGCUACACCAUCGUCCACCUCGACCUGGCGUCGCUCGACAGCGUCAGGCAGUUCGUCGCCAACGUCCGGCGGCUGGAGAUGCCCGUCGACGUGGUGGUGUGCAACGCCGCCGUGUACCAGCCCACCGCCAAGCAGCCGAGCUUCACCGCCGACGGCUUCGAGAUGAGCGUCGGCGUCAACCACCUCGGGCACUUCCUCCUCGCCCGCGAGCUCCUCGCCGACCUCACCUCCUCCGACUACCCCUCCAAGCGCCUCAUCAUCGUCGGCUCCAUCACCGGGAACACGAACACGCUGGCGGGGAACGUGCCGCCGAAGGCGAACCUGGGGGACCUCCGGGGGCUCGCCUCGGGCCUCGACGGCGUGUCGAGCUCCGCCAUGAUCGACGGCGGCGAGUUCGACGGCGCCAAGGCCUACAAGGACAGCAAGGUGUGCAACAUGCUGACGAUGCAGGAGUUCCACCGCCGGUACCACGGCGAGACCGGGGUGACGUUCGCGUCGCUCUACCCCGGGUGCAUCGCCACCACGGGCCUCUUCCGGGAGCACGUCCCGCUGUUCCGCCUCCUCUUCCCGCCCUUCCAGAAGUACAUCACCAAGGGCUACGUCUCCGAGGAGGAGGCCGGCAAGCGGCUGGCCCAGGUCGUCAGUGACCCCAGCCUCACCAAGUCCGGGGUGUACUGGAGCUGGAACAACAACUCGGCCUCGUUCGAGAACCAGCUCUCCGAGGAGGCCUCCGAUCCGGAGAAGGCCAAGAAGGUCUGGGAGCUCAGCGAGAAGCUCGUCGGCUUGGCCGAUCACGAUCAGUGAGUGAGAGUGAUGUGCUAUUGAUUUUCGUCUAGGAUUUUGCUGUGCUCUUCUUCUUCUUCUCCUCUCUACCAAGAAAGAUCGAUGGAGGAGAAUUUGUAGGACGCGUUUCUCACGAAUUACUUAGCUGUUAAUGAUCAGCUUGAUGUGUACGAUAUGAUGGUGCAGAGUGAAAGUUGUGUUGUUCACUGGUGGAUCAUGGGAUGGGAAUAUGGGAUUGUUGUAAGAUGUAACUCAAGUGUUUUCUUUUUUGGGAUUACUUUUGGUAAUAAGAGCUUGGGUGAUCGAAAACUACAGAUGGUUUUUCUUUUAAGUUGUAUGAUCUCUGUAGAGUUUUUGAGUAAUUUGUAGUUUUGUACCCUAUCAAAGAUCAUCUCUAGCUGCCUCUGAGCUCUCCAA